CUGCGGAACUCAUCGCUGCGAAAGAGUUGCUGUUGUGUUAACAUGGACGUCGCUGUACCCGAUUCUGCGACGGAAGACGGGUCCGGAGCUCGACAGAUCGGACCGCCUGAGGCGUUCUCCCCGAGCGCCACCGCGCCUCUGAAGCGCAGCGCGACGCAAGCCUUCGAGGACGUGCCCGAGGGUGAGACGAGCCGCAAGAGAAUGCGGGAGGACAGGACGAAUGUCGUGGAGGAAGACGUGGCGGUCGGCGGGGCGAGUGCGGAAAGCACUGGGGCCCUUGCGGACAGCCUGGAGGAGGAGCUGCAGUGCGGGUGCUGCUCGGCGAUCGUAUAUCGGCCGGUGGUCGUCGCACCAUGUCAGCACUUCUUUUGUGGGAGCUGUGUCAUUCUAUGGAUACGAAACGGUGGUACAAGCUGUCCCGCGUGCAGAACAGUGUCUACCAGCGUCGCUUUCUCUCGGCCCCUCCAGACGGUAGUAGAUACGCUUCUGCGCCAUGUCCCUGGCAAAGCGCGAUCGGUUUCCGAGCGGAUGCAAGCAGACGCCAUAUAUCAACCAGGCGCGCACCUUCGGAUACCAAGCCCCAGGCAGGCCUCGCCCGAGCCGAACGUACCAGCUUCCAACGGUAUCUAUCUUAGACCUUGCCCACACUGCUUACCUGGAAACCAAUGGGGCUGGCGAUGUCCUCAACCUAUCAUUGAUCCUGAUACCGAUCCUGCCCAUGGCUGGCCAGUCGACGAUGGGAACCCUCCCGGUCACGGUGUCUGCGGAAAUUGUGAGAACGUUCUUGCGCUAGCAGCCCCGACGACCACCAGAUGCGACUUUUGCCAAGUCUCAUUUUGCGGGAUCGGUAUCCCCCAGCGGUGCAUUGCGGCACCUCUCGCGAUACAACACCCCCAUGGCUUCUCAGAUCUGAGUGACUUGAUCCAAUGCGGCGAAGUAUACGACUGCUUCGACGGCAACACAGUUGAGGUCGACAUCAUGCUGGAUUACUUGACUGCUCAAGGCCUCUCGCCAAGGCACAUCUACCGAGAGAUUGUCGCGCAUAUGCAAGCCCAGCCGCGGGGAUUUGCGCCGCUUAUCGAACUUGACCUCUUCAUGGAUUUGCACCCUGUUGCUGGGGGCAUCGACCCGGAUCCCAACGCGCCACGGACGAGAAUAUGUAGGAUGUGCUCCGCUGAGGUGCUGUUAUACGGUCUCCGAGACUGGUGGAUCCGGGAGCGCAAGAAGGGCUUCCUCGAGGAGCAUGUCAUGGCCCGUCCGGAUUGUGCGCAGGGCGGCCAGUGCCCCAGGCAGAAGGACCAUGCCCAUGCGAAGGAGUUCAACCACCUCAUCGCUCCGCCGGAUGCAGCAGACGCAGCUCCUGCACCUGUGCCCGCGCCCCUGCGUGAACCAAAUCUGGCCUCUGCAGCCGACUUCCCGCCCCUCAUCCCGCCUCCCCUCGAGGAGCCCCCGAUCCCUCGCCCCGCUGAUGAGCCAGGGCCGUCCAUACCCCGACCUGCAAUCGCGCACCCUCCACCGCCGCCAGCGCUGGACGUCGCUAUCGUCGCCGCCUAUGACGCUACUGACUUCUUCUCGGCUCCGUCAUCCCAGGACUUCCGCGACGAGGUGGACGCCCUGCUUUAA